AUGUUGUCUAUCUACUCAAUACUCCUGCUGCUUGGACUUUUCGUGGUCGCCAUCGUGCGCAAGCGAUGGUUUCAUCCGCUCAGCAAAUUCCCCGGGCCAUUUUUGGCUUCUCAGACAGACCUAUGGAGAGUCUACCACCUUUGGACUCGGCGUAUGCCUGAGAAUCUGAUCAAACUGCACGAGAAAUACGGACCCGUCGUGCGAUACGGGCCCAAUGAUCUGAGCUUCCACGGUGUAGCUGCUAUUAAUCCAAUCUACAAAUCAGGACGGAAAGUCUCCAGGAGCAACUUCUACGACGGAUUCACGACCUUCCACCCAAACCUAUUUGGAAUGCGCGAUGAAGAGCUUCAUGCUAAGCGUCGACGACAGAUGGCCCAUAGCUUCUCGGUGGCUUCUCUGUCACAAAUGGAAUCGAUCUUCCAUCGUCGUAUCAACCAUCUCGUUGAUGUCAUCGACUCAUACGGGCCCAGACCAUUCGAUCUCAAAGAGCUCUUGGCAUACUAUACCUACGAUCUGAUGGGAGAACUUAUCUUCAAUGCCGAGUUCGGAUCCAUGGCAGCACAAGACCCAGACAAUCUACCUCCUAUCAAUGAGCACAUUUUCCUAGGAUGCAUGUACGGUAUGCUUCCCUCGCUACUGCCUUACAGCAUGCAACUCGCUCCACACAUUCCUCUUCCAUGGCUGCAAGACCUUUUGAAGAGCAGGAAGACCUUACGUGACCAGACGGCAAAACAUGUGGCCGAGGAGUUCGCAAAGGAAAAGAGCGAGGAAAGGCAUAAUAUCCUUGCCAGGCUGAUGGAGGCUCGUGACCCAGAAACAGGGGAAGAACUCACUGAAGCCCAGAUCAGCUCGGAAGCAUUUGCAUUCUUGGUUGCUGGCUCUCACACCACAUCGGGUACACUAACAUUGCUGUUCUACCACUUGCUGCACAAUUCAGUAUCUGCGAAGAAUCUCACAGAAGAACUGAACACGUCACUUCAGCUUCCUGCCACCGGAAAUAAACCGUUGCCGGCAUACUCGCGGCUGGAGAUGCAACUGCCAUACGCCACAGCUUGCAUCCGCGAAAACUACCGCGUCACUCCUGUCUUCACAAUGCCAUUGCCACGUGCGAUCAUUGAGCCCGGUGGUACGGUCAUCGACGGCCAUCACGUUCCCCAAGGUGCAAAUGUUGCUAUCGUGAACGAGGUCCUUCAGCACAACGCAUCUGCCUGGGGCGAGGAUCACGAUAAUUUCCGACCAGAGAGGUGGCUCGACUCGGACAACAAGCUCUCUCCAAAUGAUCUGCUGCCUUUUGGCGCCGGCCAUCGUGCGUGCAUUGGACGAAAUAUAGCCAGUAUGAGUGUACUCAAGGUCCUGACAACGCUAUGGAGACGAUACGAGCUGGAGGCUGUGGACCCGGCCGAGGAGCUGAUCGUCGAAACUGUAGGUAUUGGCGAGAAGAAGGGAUCUUUGAUGGUUAGGGCGAAGCUCAGGCCUCAGUAG